AUGGCCGCCACCGCCCAGCAGCCCAACGGCACCACCCCCAGCUUCAAGAUUGUCGAGCGUCUUGACUCGGUCCCCGUCCUCCACGACUCGUACACCUACGCUCAGUCGCUUAUCAACUCGACCCAGCUCACUGCCAACCUCUACCAGACCGCGCUUGGCCUCGCUGUCCGCUCGUACGACGCUGCCACCCCCGUGCUCGUUCGCGCCAAGCCCCUCCUCGAGUCUGCCGAUGGCCUCGCUGUCGCCACCGUUGACCGCGUCGAGGUCAUCUUCCCUUACCCGUUCAAGACCCAGACCCAGGACCUGAUUGGUGUCAAGCAGGCCAAGGGUGUCUACGACGCUCGCGUCGCCCCCCUCAUCCAGCAGGCUACCCCCGUCAUCCAGGACGUCAUCUCCAAGACUGCCGCUCUCAACCACGAGCUCGGCGCCCGCGCCUCGGCCGUUGUCACCCAGUCGACCGAGAUCUCGCACGCUCUCCUCGAGCAGCUCCACACCCUCCGUGACCAGUCCAAGGAGCUCCCCCACCAGCUCUCCGAGGUCCUCACCAAGGUCACCGCCGACGUCAAGUCGAUCGUCCUCGCCAAGGAGGGCACCUACCAGGAGAAGACCAACAAGCUCGCUGCCUACGUCGUCGAGAACGUCCGCCCCGUCAUCGAGGAGGCCUACGCGCAGGUCCUCGGCGCCAAGAAGGCUGCCGAGGACAAGGUCGCCAAGGCCACCGAGAAGGUUUCCGAGAAGGCCCCCGCCGUCUCCAACUAA